UCGCUCGUUCCUCAUCCCCUCCUCCCGCAGCCGCCUCCCUCCCUCACUCCCACUCACCGCCGAUCCCCAAUCCAGCGACGGCGACGACGGCGGCUGCGGCGGCUCCUGCACCCGCGUUCCCCCCCUCCCCCCCUCCAACACGUCUCUGCUUCUCCCACAGAGGAUGCGGAGGAGCCACCGUGGUCCGGCCUUCUCCCCGCCUGCGCCGCCGUCGCCGCCAACCAUCCUCCCCAUCCCGCCUCAACCAUCCUCCCCGUCUCGCCGCCGUCGCCGAGAUCGACGCCCAGGCGGGCAAGAAGCAACAGAAGACCACCGGAGAAGAAGGCAAAGGCGGAGGAGAAGCCGGUGGAGAAGGACGAGGUGUGCGUGGAGUAGCCCGGCGCGAGGAGGAGGACGAGAUGGCUACCUUCGGGGAGCAGCAGAAGGAGUUGGGGCACGCGGCGGCGGUGGCGGCGGCCAAGAGGCGCAUAGCGCAGGCGACCAAGAAGGCCAGGAACGUGGCCGCCGGCGACAAGGAGCCCGAGUUCCUCGGCCAGCGCCCAUCCCUGCCGACGAGGCCCGCGCCAAGUGGCCGCAGCGCUACCAGCGUGGCUCGCCCAAGAGAUGGAAGAUGGUGGCCUUGAGCUCCUGCCAGAUGCUGUCCAACGGUUUCCUCUCCGUGAGGAGUUCGCCGACAGUCUGGAACACCCAGAUUAGUAAGUUGACGGUGGUGGCGCUGGUAGGCCGAACUGCGGCGAGAGACAGCGGCAAGAGACAUCACCCACUGGGCCUGCGCAAACUACUGACAGUGUUAACACAGAAGCACCUGGGUGGAUGAAAAGGUUACUCCUGGGUAGCACUCCACCAGACUGGUCGGCCAUUUCCUUCUCGGAUGAGUGCACUAGAGCAGACAGUCUGCAAAUAUGCAGAAGAACCUAAAAGAAUGUAAUCAGAUCAGAACUCAGGGGUGAGUAUUUUUAGGUGGAAAGGGUCCUUCCAUUAACCAAUAACAGUUGCCAGAUUGCUGGCUACAAGGUCAUGCACGAACGCUCAAGCCUUACCCAGCCAAAUAACAUGGGUAUUUGCUCCAGCCGUGCCCCAAAGGCUGCAAGUCUGUCAGCCAAAAUAUUACAAGUUCUAGGACAAAAUGUAACAGAGUAGCUAGCAAAGUUCAGAGGUAAGAACUCCUUGAUUUCUUGUAGCAGAUGGUAUGAUAAGAACAUGGAUGGAUCGUUUGCGUAUAUAUGCUUACUCUUGCAUUUUCUUUGUCAAGUGUGUAAAAUAAAACCACGGGUUUCAUAUGUACGUUAUGCUUAUUCCUUUUAAUAUGCAGAUGAUAUAGGGGAUUCUGUUGGUGCCCUAUUAAUA